GAAUAAUCCCUCCUGUUGGGAAAUUGAUAACGUACCGGUAGAUUCUAAAAUAAUACUUGGCAACUAACGUUGUUGUUACUUACACAACUCGUUAUCCCGGGUCACUUCAUUCACGUGUGCGGAGACUUGAUAUAAAAACAACCGACUUAUUUCUUUCACCAUAACUAUAGUCACCCACGCGUUCGGGCUCUUCUUUCUUCACUAAUAGACGAUGGCUGUAUUUCUGCUGUUGGCCGAGUGCAUUUUCACUGCCUCUCAGCAACCAGUUAUCUCUCACACGCCAUGCCGCGAAUCCAGCGUUGACCAGGGCGAGGAGCGCGCUAGAAGCGGUGGUGCGGGCCCUUCCGCCACUAGUGGUCAUGUUGAGGACUGCACACUCUGUCAAUGCAGCCCUGAGUUGGAAUCAAGCGGUGCAGUCUCCUCCGCGGAUGGAACGCGACUUGAAGAUCGCGCGAGGGAUAAUGCUGCCGUUGGAUUGGACAAAGUUACUAGCACCUCCAAAAACGCCGGUGCGAUGAACUCAUCUGUGGGGACCGGCGACAAUACAGCAAUUCGAAAUCCUCAUCAUGAUGAAUGGCUUGUGUUUCAGUUCCAAGUGGAUGCCAAUCUCCAGCCAGGCGUUGACUACACACUACUGACCAUGACCGCACAUGCAGUAGCAGCCAAAUCACCAGUACCAAAGCAAAACCUUUGCAGGACUCUGGCUGAGGAUUCAUCUGUGCUGCGCGUGGUUGUGCCCCACAGCCAUGGCAAGAUCCGACAAGUACAGCUGCAGUCUGACUGUGUGGAGAGAAUCCGACCUAGUCCACUAAACGAAACCUGGCCAAUCGAGCCGUCCUGGUCCUUCUCUCCCCUCUCGCUGGAAAACCCUAUUCGAACAAGGAAUGGCGCUGGAACGGUGAAGGUGACGGUUGACUCGCAUGUGGUUGCCACGGGACAAUUCAAGCUGAAUUCGCACGGCCAUGCUGCAUGGAGUGAUCUUACUGCUCUCCAGAAGUAAAUCACGGUGGUGCCAACAUUGGUUAGCCUAGCUGCCGGGCUGCACUGCAUAUCCUAUCACCAAAAAUGGAUUGAGUAGAGGUGUUGGACUUUUCAGGUUACAGUGUCACGGUGUGUUCGUACUCUUAUUUAAAAUCUAUCCCCAAUCUCAGGUGCUCUCACAGCUCUAAAGUGAUUACUAUAGCUUUCUUUCAACUGCAGUACAUCAUCACUUUAGCUGGCAAAACAUUAGAACGUACCUCAAACAACAAGAGAGCGAUCUUUUCAAUAUCUAAUUUUAUCCAUCCAGUGAUAGUAACGCUAAUCUGCACGAGAAAUUUUAUGAUGGAGAUACAUGUACUUAAAAAAUAUGCAUAUUUCGCAAUAGCAUGCUAAGUCAGUAGCUACGCACAUAUCAUUUAUUACGAAACUCAGAACUACUCAUAUGUUCCAAUAGGCUAUAAACUUACGUAGCGAUACGUAUCAUGCAGUUGGUAGUCACGUGUAUGUAGUCCGCAUUUUACCUAUCGCAGUAACGCCAUGUUGGCCUAUACAAGUCCCACUUUUUCCAUGUAUGCGGGUCCAAGUUCCACUGUACUGUGGCGUGCCAUUCGAAAGCUAUCUUUAAUUCCCUCCAUCACCUGCUGUGGUGUUUGAAGCAAUCUGUAUCUAGGCACAAAGACAUUGUGUGAUUGUAUCAUUAUUUGAAAUGCGCUAGCAUUCCAGCUUUACUUUGAUAUUCACUGUAUGCAGCUAGCGGGCCAGCUGGUGCAGGAAUAUUCAGUUGAUCACAUUCGGAGUCUUGAUUUAAACAUGCUCAGCUUUCGGUUACGACUAUGCCAUGGACAAACACUACAUAUCCGAUAAUAUGAAAAUAUGAGUUGCUCUUUUUGUGUCUUUGCCUCAGAUAUAAUAUUUAUGCUUUUCUCCAGCUGAGAUAUUUUUUGCAGAACUUUAGAUAGAGUUGAGUUCGUUAAGAAGAAGAGCUGCCUCCUCAGAAACACUUUGAUUUGCAGUUGGUAUGAGGAUGUCCUCAUGGCAUGUGGGUCAAUGUCAGAUCACUGGA